ACAAACUUGUGAGAAUAAGUGACGCUGGCAACUUUGAUAUGCUCAUUCAUAAGGAAGAAACUUCUGUCUUUUAAAUUCUCUGGAACAACUGGGAUAUAGUUCUUCAUUUUAAUCAGGGAAUUUCUUCCUGAACCAAACUCUAAAAACAGAGGAUUUGAGUAGCACAUUUCACUUGCAUACAGCAGAGUUUGUUCAUUUUGAGUGUUUUUGUACAGGAAACUGAUCUACAGGGUAACAUUCACACACAAAAAGGAAACAGUAUGGGACGAUGGCUUGUUAGUACAAGUGACUCUGUUUUGGAAAUUACGGACAAGAAACCUUGGAGGAAGAACGGCAUUAAAGAUCAAAAGCAUGAUGACUCCUGAUGAAAACAUCACCAAAUGAUGAACCCACGAGCAAAAAGGAAUUUCUACUUGGCGGCACCUGACUUGCUGGAUCCUAAAUCUGCCGCUCAGAACUCCAAACCGAGGCUCUCGUUUUCCACGAAACCCACAGUGCUUGCUUCCCGGGUGGAGAGUGACACGACCAUUAAUGUUAUGAAAUGGAAGACAGUCUCCACGAUAUUCCUGGUGGUUGUCCUCUACCUGAUCAUCGGAGCCACCGUGUUCAAAGCAUUGGAGCAGCCUCAUGAGAUUUCACAGAGGACCACCAUUGUGAUCCAGAAGCAAACAUUCAUAUCCCAACAUUCCUGUGUCAAUUCGACAGAGCUGGACGAACUCAUUCAGCAAAUAGUGGCAGCAAUAAAUGCAGGGAUUAUACCUUUAGGAAACACCUCCAAUCAAAUCAGUCACUGGGAUUUGGGAAGUUCCUUCUUCUUUGCUGGCACUGUUAUUACAACCAUAGGAUUUGGAAACAUCUCACCACGUACAGAAGGCGGCAAAAUAUUCUGUAUCAUCUAUGCCUUACUGGGAAUUCCCCUCUUUGGUUUUCUCUUGGCUGGAGUUGGAGAUCAACUAGGCACCAUAUUUGGAAAAGGAAUUGCCAAAGUAGAAGAUACGUUUAUUAAGUGGAAUGUUAGUCAGACCAAGAUUCGCAUCAUCUCAACAAUCAUAUUUAUACUGUUUGGCUGUGUACUCUUUGUGGCUCUGCCUGCGAUCAUAUUCAAACACAUAGAAGGCUGGAGUGCCCUGGACGCCAUUUAUUUUGUGGUUAUCACUCUAACAACUAUUGGAUUUGGUGACUACGUUGCAGGUGGAUCUGAUAUUGAAUAUCUGGACUUCUAUAAGCCUGUCGUGUGGUUUUGGAUCCUUGUAGGGCUUGCUUACUUUGCUGCUGUCCUGAGCAUGAUUGGAGAUUGGCUCCGAGUGAUAUCUAAAAAGACAAAAGAAGAGGUGGGAGAGUUCAGAGCGCACGCUGCUGAGUGGACAGCCAACGUCACAGCUGAAUUCAAAGAAACCAGGAGGCGACUGAGUGUGGAGAUUUAUGACAAGUUCCAGCGUGCCACCUCCAUCAAGCGGAAGCUCUCGGCAGAACUGGCUGGAAAUCACAAUCAGGAGCUGACUCCUUGUAGGAGGACCCUGUCAGUGAACCACCUGACCAGCGAGAGGGAUGUCUUGCCUCCCUUACUGAAGACUGAGAGUAUCUAUCUGAAUGGUUUGACGCCACACUGUGCUGGCGAAGAGAUUGCUGUGAUUGAGAACAUCAAAUAGCCCUCUCUUUGAAUAACCUUAGGCAUAGCCAUAGGUGAGGACUUCUUUAUGCUCUUUAUGACUGUUGCUGGUAGCAUUUUUUAAAUUGUGCAUGAGCUCAAAGGGGGAACAAAAUAGAUACAUCCAUCAUGGUCAUCUAUCAUCAAGAGAAUUUGGAAUUCUGAGCCAGCACUUUCUUUCUGAUGAUGCUUGUUGAAUGGUCCACUUUCUUUGACGAGUGGAAUGACAAGCAAUGUCUGAUGCCUUUUUGUGCCCAGACUGUUUUCCUCUCUCUUUCCCUAAUGUGCCAUAAGGCCUCAGAAUGAAUUAGAAUUGUUUCUGGUAACAAUGUAGCUUUGAGGGAUCAGUUCUUAACUUUUCAGGGUCUACCUAACUGAGCCUAGAUAUAGACCAUUUAUGGAUGACAACAAUUUCUUUUUUUUUUUUUUUUUGUAAAUGACAAGAAAUUCUUAUGCAGCCUUUUACCUAAGAAAUUUUCUGUCAGUGCCUUAUCUUAUGAAGAAACAGAACCUCUCUAGCUAAUGUGUGGUUUCUCCUUCCCUGCCCCCACCCCUAGGCUCACCUCUCUAGUCUUUUACCCCAGUUCUCCCUUUUGAACACCAUACCUUGCUGGAAACAGUGUGUAAAAUGACUGAAGUGAUGAUGCCCGAAGAAGAAAUAGAUGCCAAAUUACAUGGACAUUGAAGCAACACUCAGCGUUGCCUAGUGUUAAAGGCACUGCAGAGAAAUGAGGUACAGAGGUGGCCCCUCUGAGUAUUUAUUUGACUCAGGUACCAGUGGUACAUAUAUACAGUGUAAUUAUGACCAGGCUGGUAAAAUUGGCUGCUCCCAAACAAUCCCCUUUUUCCUGGCAGUAUUUGGAAUUUAUCAUUUAUUAAUAACUAUACAUUUUUUAAAGGCAGAAGAAGAAAAUCUAUCUAUC